AUGGAUUCCCAAAGCCUUCGGCCCACCUCGUAUGUGAGGCCACACUCCGCACAUCUUUUGAGCCCUUCCAGUGAUAUCGUCGGCCCCUCGCCCGUCACUUCGAACGGCACAGAGACUACGGAGAUCGACGAUGAAGCGCUGUCGGAGACUAGCGACCAGCCCUCGGCGCCGGAGCCUGAAAGCCCUCCACAGCUCAAGAUGCUGAGAACGAACCUCCCCGAUGCCAUGCGGACGACUUCGAGCGAAGAGGCAAUUUCGGUUAUACAUGCCCCUGAAAGUUUUCAUCAAUGGGCAUCGUCAGAUCCGAACAAGUCCGCUGAGAAACCGGUCGAUAUCAUCAGCCCUCCCGAGAGCGAACCUUCUACCAAGGACAACGCUCUGAACCACCCGACGCCUCCACCAAUAUCGACAAACGUGAAACCGUCAAGAUACUCUCUGGACAACGCCACACCCCAGGCACAAAAGCUACACGAUGUCUUUGGAGAUGCCUCCCGUUUACGGUCAAGCAUGAUUCCAGAAAUUCACGAGGGAGAGACCGACGCUGGACCAGAUUCUGCCACUAGCGAACAUUUCGUUACGCCAGCGGUGAUAGAAGAGGAGCCCGAGAUUAGAGCCUUGAGAGACGCUCUGGAGGAAUGCUGGACCUUGUGUAACACAUUAGCCAACCUUAGCUCCAUCCACCGAGAACGUGUGUUCAACAGUUCCGGGACGCCAGACGCCCACGAGAAAGCCUGGAAGAGUUGUUGGAAGCUCUGUCAGAAGCUUUACAACAGCCGGGAUGAACCCGUCGAGAUGCUCAACGGACGGGCGAAUUUGGACCUGUGUCGAGACUUUUGUCAGUCGCUGUUUGAUGUGCGACAACGCAAGGACGAGAUCGGCGAUUCUGUGCUCAGAGUCAGCUUCGAGCUCAAUAACCAUGCUCAGGACAGCCGGAACUUGCCAGAAGCAUUCCGCGAAAGGACACUAGACUUCUACAUUACGCUUUGCCACCGCCUUAUGAAGCAACGAAGCGAGCUGGCGGAAGAGACAGAUUCGCUCCUCAGGGCAUGCUGGUCAUUGGCCGAGAUGCUGUUCAGCCUACGGCAGAAUUCUCGUGACGGAAAGGCUCCCGAUGAGGAGCUCCUAGGAUCAGCAGUGCAAGCCUGCUGGGAACUGUGCGAUAUCUUCAGGGAAGGCUGGACACAGGUCAGGCCGGACCGAGGCACCCCACGACCAAGCCAAAUCAAUUUCUUCCAGCAGGGCCUGGCGUCAGACGUACGGUCGACUACGAGCCGCUCCUCCAUCCACUCGAAACGCGAGAGCCUAAAGAGCAUGGCGGAUGACCAGCCAUCACGCCGCAGCAAGCAGCCACCACCCGUGCCCGAGACGCCCGUGACCGAGUUCGAGGAUACGGGCGACACACCCAUCUCCCCCGGCAGCGAGAGUCCACAGAUGCCCAACAUCCUCGUCUUGGGCACAAACCAGGACAGCGGGAGCCAGGGCGGGUCGCGCGGCGGCAGGUGGUCGAGCAGCGCGAGCAACCUGUCGAGCUACUCACAAUCCAGCGCCAAGACGAGCAGCACAGCGACGACAGCGACAGCGGCCGAGGACAUCAACGUGACGCGGAUCAAGAUGCUGAUCCUCAAGGCGGCCAUGAACAUCGGCUUCAGCCGGGACAGCAGCGGCAACGCGGCAGGCGACGGUGGCAAGGGUGGCGGCGGCGCGGGCGCAGCGGGCGCGUCGCUGCAGGCGUUCGUGCAGAAGCUGCCGACGGGGUCGUUCGGGUCGCUGCCGGCGCACGCGACGCUGCUGCAGAACUACAAGAACCUGGUGCUGGCCGACACGACGUUCCGCACCGCCGCGUCGCUGCCGGGCCGGGGCAAGCGCGUCAGCGCCGCCGACGUCGCCAAGAGCGUGGGCUGGAUGACGCUGCGAUCCGGCCAGUACGCGUUCCUGAGGGACCUGUUCCGGCUCGUCUACGGCUUCCCCAUCGAGGAGGCUGAGAACCGCAAGAAUGUCAGCAUUGCUGUGUGA